GCUGCCACAUCAUCGUUCCUCGGAACUCGCCUUCACGAUGUACACUCUAACUCGGGGAAGUUCAAAGCCCGUUUCGGUUUCGGUGGACCCAAGAAAUCCCCAAAGAAGACCGUGUCAAAAUCGAGCACGAACCGGCCUCUGUGGUUCCCAGGUGCGAAGGCGCCGGAAUAUCUCGACGGGACUUUAGUGGGUGACUAUGGGUUCGAUCCCUUCGGGUUGGGCAAACCGGCCGAGUACUUGCAGUUCGAUUAUGACGGUUUGGACCAGAACCUGGCGAAGAACGUGGCUGGUGACGUAAUCGGUACCCGGACUGAGAGCGCGGACGUGAAGGCCACUUCAUUGCAGCCUUAUGAUGAGGUGUUUGGGCUGCAGAGGUUCAGGGAGUGUGAACUCAUUCAUGGGAGGUGGGCCAUGUUGGCUACACUCGGUGCACUCGCUGUUGAGUCACUCACCGGUGUCACCUGGCAAGACGCGGGAAAGGUAGAGUUGAUAGAGGGUUCAUCAUACCUGGGGCAACCUCUUCCAUUCUCGAUGACCACAUUGAUAUGGAUUGAGGCUCUAGUGAUUGGAUACAUAGAGUUCCAGAGAAAUUCAGAGCUUGACCCAGAGAAAAGGCUGUACCCUGGAGGCAAGUUCUUUGACCCUCUUGGCUUGGCUUCUGACCCUGAGAAGAAAGCCACCCUUCAACUGGCUGAGAUCAAGCAUGCUCGUCUUGCCAUGGUCGCCUCCCUUGGCUUUGCUGUCCAAGCAGCUGCUACUGGCAAAGGCCCACUCAACAACUGGGCCACCCAUUUGAGUGACCCACUUCACACAACCAUCUUUGACACCUUCUCUUCUUCUUAAAUUUCUGAAUCCUGAUCUCUCUAUUGUACUCUACUUUCUUGCCUAGUGACAUUUUACCCUUGUCAAGCGCUUUUAUUAUAUUCCUAUCUUGUAAAAAUUCUAUAAUAUAUCAUAUUUGACCUUAAGCGGAGGUUAUAUCAUAUUAUCGUUGCCUA